AUGUCUCGAACCAGCCGGUGGUAUUGUUCCCGGUUUCUUGAGUGGGCGGACGGAAUUAAAAGCUUUAAAGGGAUCUCGGAGUCACUAAUCGAGUUCCAAAUGACAGAGCUGAAAGAUGGAGUUUUCAUCGGGUAUGGUUAUAACCAUAUAAGUUUCUUCAACACUUGGUCGGACAUUUGCUUAACCGGGUCUGACCGGGAAAAUUUUCCUCCUUUGCCUCUCCGUGGGUGGUUUCUCGGCGGGGUUGAAUUUUCUAUUCGAAUUCCGGUCUCAGAGACGGUGCUAUCACCUAUUACGGCUGUUUCUUCGUUGUUAGAAGAUUUACAAGACAUGGUUUUUCAAUUCACGAGGAGAAACAUCUCCGAGCUUAAAGCGAAAGCCAACGGCGAGGUUGAUUCAGAUGAUCGGAAAAUCUCGUCGCUUCAAGCGAUUUUGGCGCAUUUGUGGCGAUCCAUAAUCAGAAACAGUGAUCUACAUCCGGAAGAAGUGAUUCACUGCGACUUACUGAUGGACAUGAGACGAAGGUUGAACCCUCUGCUAGAGAAAGACGACGACGAUGACAACCGCCGGAUAAAUGCCUCAAAACGGGCUGGGAUGGGCUGUUUUGCAAUGGGGUCACAAACGAAUGAAGAAUACAAAGUGUUCGCUGAGAACUGGGCGAACCGAAAGUGUUUGGGAAUCCUUUUGCUAAGCGGAAGUCUAUAA